AUGAUUUGGCAAAGGCUCGAUCGUGCUUUCACUAAUCAUGCUUGGUACGAUCAAUUCCGUAAUAGUAUUGUUAAUUAUCUUGAGAGAUCUCAUUCAGAUCAUGCUCCGUUGCUCAUACAGUUGGUUCAUCCUCGGAGGAGCUCGCUUUCUCCUUCUCGUUUUCAGCGUAUGUGGCUUCAACAUCCUUUAUUUCUUCAUGUGAUUGCGGAAUCUUGGAAUAGAGAGUGUCAUUUAAGCGGUUUGCAAUGGAUGGCUUUUAAACUUAAAAGGCUCAAGGGAGAUCUUAAGCUCUGGAACAAGGUAGUCUUUCGUAAUAUUUUUCAGCGACUUAACGACGCCAGGGAUAAAAUUCUAUUGCUUGAAAAUCAAAUGCUUUCGGAUAACUCAGUCGCUAAGGAGCUCGCGGAAUUAAAAUGCAGUUAUGACCUUUUACUUCUUCAGGAAGAGAUCUAUAGAAAACAACGAAGUUGUGUCAAAUGGCUUAAAGAGAGAGAUCGCAAUACUGCAUUUUUUCAUGCUAUGGCUCGUCAAAAUCAACAAAAGAUCCAUGUUAGUGAAAUUAUGGGCCCUUCUUGUAUUCUCACAGACACACAACAAAUUCUAGGAGCAGCGGUUGAAUUUUUUAAAAGCCAUCUGGAUAGCGGAAUAGAGAGUGGUCGUGAUUUAUCUCCCAUGCUCUCUCUUGUGCCUAACUUAGUUACUAGUGAGGAUAACGAAAUGCUCCUUUUUGUGAUUUCGGAACAUGAAGUGUAUGAUGCAGUCAAGGGCAUUCCUGAGGAUUCUGCAACGGGUCCCGAUGGAUUCUCUUCAUCCUUAUAUAUUCAUGCUUGGGCUAUAAUUUCUGAUGAUCUUAUUGUAGCCGUCCGAGAAUUUUUUGUAGGGGCUCUCUGUCCAGAUGCCUUGGGUGCUUCUAUCAUCUUACUCAUCCAAAAAAAGACAAGCUGA